AUGGAACUGGGUAUCGUACUGCAGCGCAAAGCGCGGCAGCCAACAAAUAGCAGGAAAAGCAAAAAUGCCAAAGCGGAAUACCCAUCCGUAAAGAGACCAAUCCGCAUCUCAACACCCCAAGCAAAAAACCGGCAACUCGUACGUAUGUAGACAUACAUCUGUAGGGCGUAAGGUUAUGUACCUGUGAGAAAGGGACUCGUCAUAUAUGCAGGUGCUUCCCAUCUUGUGCAAAGUUUGGUACUGUAGCGUAGCGCAGCGCAGCAGAAACUCGACUACCUUCUUUUAGGACGGCGACCUACACACCGUGUAGCAUCCCAAUAUGGGAACGGGACGAGGGAGUACGAAGGCAAGUACGAACGCACCGGGACACCUGCGACACGAAUACUGUACUGUACUGUACUGCACCAUUUUGGACCAGUCGCGGCAAAACGUCACCUGUACGGAGUACAUGCGGUGAUAUCUGCAGCGGGACUGGCCGUGAUCGUAUGCAGCGGCGGAGGCAGAAGCAGAGCAGAGCACCGCAGAGGACCGCAGCAGGUCUGGGUGUCCAGCGAGCCAGGCCAGGUCUGGAGACUGCACACUGCACUGCCAUUGACGGAGUACAGUGUACCAGCGAUACAGCGCGCAGGCGCCGGCGCAGGAUCAGGAUCAGGAUCAGGAUCUGGAGGGGAGUGUGACAUUGACAUGGCUACAUUCGAGGCCGCUGAUAGCGUACCCAAGAUAUAA